AUGUCGACCUUUGCAGACGCUCCGGAAGUGACGACAACAACACAGCAGCAGGCAUCAACAACGACCGCGGCGUCGUUACGAGGUUCGACACCAGAGGCCGUCGUGACAGCUGCGACAAACGGCAGCAGCAACAGCUGCAGCAGUGCAACCACUAGCGAGCUAGCGGAGGAUGGGUACCCCAAGGACAUGGAGAUCCCCAUCCGCUACGUGAAGGGCAUGGAAGGGGACGUUGUCGAAGCUCGCCGACGAUGGAUCGCCACCCUUAAGUGGAGAGAAGAAGAAAAGGUGGACGGUAUCUUGGACGAGGCUUGCCCCCACUUCGACAUCAUCAAGAAGUACUACCCGCACUUCUACUUCAAACACGCAAAAAACGGUAGCGUAGUGUACUACGAGAUCCCCGGUAAGAUCGACCUAAACAAACUGAGGGAAAACGGUCUCGACAUGGACUCGCUCUGCCGCCACUACGUCUACAUCACGGAGUUCUUGUGGAAGGAGCUCGACAAGAACCCCGAGGGGAAACUGUUCACGUGCAUGGACAUGAAGGGGACCAAGCUCUCCAUGUUCGCGGGAGAGGUCAAGGAGUUCCUGGUGCGGUCGGCGAAGAUGGUGGGAGCGCACUACCCUGAGCGUUCGUACAAGAUAUUCAUCCUUAACGCUCCCUGGUGGUUCAGCGUCGUCUGGAAGUUCGUGACGCCCUUCGUUCACCCGAACACGAGGGCGAAGGUAGUUGUCUGCGGCGGAAAUUUCCUGGAAAAGAUGGGAGAGCUGAUCGACCUGGAGAACGUCCCACAGGACGUGGGGGGUCAGGACCCCACACCGCCGUUGCAGGGCCCCCAGGAGCUGCAGAUGCACGAGCACGUGGUGAAGGUGUUGAAGGAGAAGGGGAUGGAGAUGAAGCCGAUCCGCUAA